AUGGUAGACCCACUCUCCGUUCUUGGAGCCGCGGUUGGCGUCACAUCCCUUAUUAUACAGCUUACGGAUGAAUGUGUUAAAGGCUAUAAACUCUACCAUGAAGCAGUUAACCUACCCGAAACCCAUCGCUACCUUCUCGUGCGCCUUCACAUCGAACAACAGCGUUUUCUUAACUUCGCAUUAGAGGCCAGCCUUUUAAAUAUAGAUGGAGCAGUCUGCAGCACACUUCAAGUCAACAGGUCCUUGCUUUUAGCUAUUCUUGCAGAGAUUAAGUUGCUAUUCGAAAGUUUUGCAGCGGCAAAUGGCAAAUAUGAGAAGGAGGUGGCCUCUAGUCCAGUCAAUUGGGCCGACCACUCGUACCCUGAACUCGACCUGAUGAGCCUCCUCUGCAUUGCAACGAGCGACUAUACACAACUAGAGAGGGAAAACUUGGUUAACAAGAGAGCAGAGGCUGUAAAGCGUCUUCGCGGAUUGGGGAAGAGCAUCGCGCAGACAGCCCGGAAUUUGCGGACUAUUGUGGUGGAGCCAAAACGUCUCGUUUGGGCAGCUGUGGACAAAGUUGCCUUUGAACAGCUCAUUUCGAAACUGGAUGGUUUGAACAUAUUCCUUGUAUCGCUAUUGGACAGCUCGCAACUCCGGAGAUUGCAGGACUCAAUGAGUACGGCGUAUUUGGAGAUCCUACAGCUUCGUAACGACAUCGGGGACCUCACAACUCUUGUUAAGGCGCUCGCUCCGGCAGCAGAAACUGAGCUUAAUAUCCAUGCCGGAACUCUCAACGUUGAGAGCAAUGCAUUGUCCCAGGCAGUUGCAGAGCAAACGGCGAUACAGAAGAAGAAGGAGAGCUAUCUAAGACACCUUGCAAAUAUUAAGAUUCAGUUCACCAAAAUCAAUAAUCUGAGUAACAGCACCCUUGCUACUUCAGACCAUAGCAAGCUCAUCGAUAGCCCACUAUCACUGGGCGACUUUGACUUUGCUGAAGUGGCAUCUGAGGCCGGAAUUCUUCAGCGCCGGACGCGGACUACUUACCGGGGUAGGAGAGUUUGGAUUGAGUGGAAAGAAAUUCCAGCCACUGGUCCUAUCGCCGUUAAUGAGCAAGUAGAGUGGCGGAUUGGACUGCUAACGGAUCUCCUUCGCUCGGCGAAACCAGAAGGCUUCAGAGCGGCACGGUGUUUAGGGUAUAUUAAGAUGCUAUACACGGAUGAUGCGACCCUGUUUGGUAUUGUAUUUGAAGAGCCGUUGGUCUAUAGUGCAGAGUCCAAGAUCGCCACCCUUCGAGACUUGCUUGAACGACAACCGCAUCCAUCGCUCAGUGCGCGCCUGGCGUUGUGUGCCGUGUUAGCUCGCUGUGUUCACAGCCUCCAUGCAGUCAACUGGCUGCACAAAGGCCUACGGCCGGAUAAUGUUGUAUUCUUCUCCUCGUCCGAAUUACCAAGUCUCGACGAGCCAUUCUUGUCCGGCUUCGAGCUGUCCCGGCCUAGUAUCAUGGAUCAAUUGACAGAGAAGCCGGGAUUUGACCCAGUCAAGGACAUCUAUCGCCAUCCGAAUGCGCAAUCAAGUCAAGCGGACGGAAACUAUCGGAAGUCAUAUGACAUCUACAGUCUAGGUGUCUUGAUGAUUGAAGUCGCUUUGUGGAAGCGAAUUGAGGAUGUAGUACCUUUGGAGGAUCUAGCAAAGACCAAGCCAUCUGCGCUUCGAGAAAUACAGCCUUGGCUGCUAGGUAUGCCGUUGAGCACAAGCUUUCCAUUGAAAAAUACGGAGUCUGGGUCUUGCCUACAGCAAGUUUCCUUUGCGUGCGGCGAUUCGUUCCAUGGUAUCGUUGAUCAGUGCCUUAGAAUGGAUACUGUAGAGAGUCCUGAAUAUUACGGGGAGAAAGAAGCAGCGAUUGCUUUGAGAGUGCAGAGAGCGACAGAACAGGAUAUCGUGAAGAAGUUGGAUCGUAUUGCUAGUUUAGUGUAG